CCCUCCGGAAAGGAGGAAAAUCUUUGGCUCCAUAAACUCCAUCAGUGGAGACACACAGAGAGAGAGAGGAGGUGUGCAGCCAGGGGAUAGAACUCUCUGCUCAGACCAUCCAAAGGCUUUGGGGGGGGGCAUCCCAGGGACAGAGGGGACCCCGAAUCUACACCGUGCCGGUGACUGAUCACAGAUCCACAGGGAUGUACUCACUCUUACUGGUCACUGCUUUGCUGGACAUUGGCUUGUGGGCACACUGGACUCAAGGAACCGAACUGACCGUUGCUGCUGAUAUCUCUCCUACCUCAACAUGGAACUCUUCCAACGACCUGGAGAAAGAUAUUUAUUUAACGCUGGAUGAACCGAUGAACAACAUCACCACGUCUUUGGGCCAGACCGCUGAGAUGCAUUGUAAGGUUUCGGGGAACCCGUCUCCGACCAUACGGUGGUUGAAAAAUGACGCCCCCGUCGUCCAAGAGCCGCGUCGGAUAUCGUUUCGGAUGACCAAUUACGGUUCAAGGCUGCGGAUACGGAACCUCGACACCACGGACACCGGGUACUUCCAGUGUGUGGCCACCAACGGACGGAAAACCGUCUCUACAACGGGGGUGCUCUUUGUGAAAUUUGGUCCCCCUCCCACGUCAAGUCCAGGCUCGGUGGAUGAAUUCGAGGAGGACGGUUACUGCCAGCCGUACCGAGGCAUCGCCUGCGCCCGCUUCAUCGGGAACCGCACCAUUUACAUGGAAUCUUUGCACAUGCAGGGGGAGAUAGAGAACCAAAUCACAGCUGCCUUCACCAUGAUUGGGACCUCCAACCACCUAUCCGAUAAAUGCUCCCAAUUCGCCAUUCCAUCCCUGUGCCACUACGCCUUUCCCUACUGCUCUGAGAGCUCGUCGUCCCCCAAGCCACGGGACCUGUGCCGGGACGAGUGCGAGAUCCUGGAGAACGUCCUGUGCCAAGCCGAGUACAUCUUCGCCAGGUCCAACCCCAUGAUCCUAAUGAGACUGAAGCUGCCGAACUGUGAGGACCUUCCGCAGCCAGACAGCCCCGAGGCCAGUAACUGUAUACGUAUUGGAAUACCAAUGGCGGACCCCAUCAAUAAGAACCACAAAUGCUAUAACAGCACGGGGGUGGAUUACCGCGGCACGGUGAGCGUCACCAAAUCUGGGCGGCAGUGCCAGCCGUGGAAUUCGCAGUAUCCGCACACUCACACGUUCAACGCUCUGCGCUAUCCUGAACUGAACGGGGGUCAUUCCUACUGCCGGAACCCCGGCAACCAGAAAGAGGCUCCGUGGUGCUUCACAUUGGACGAAAACAUGAAACACGAAACCUGCGACAUUCCGGCCUGCGACUCCAAAGAUUCCAAAGAAAAGAACAAAAUGGAGAUCCUUUACAUCCUGGUCCCCAGCGUGACAAUCCCGCUGGCCAUAGCUUUGCUGUUCUUCUUCAUCUGCAUCUGCCGGAAUAACCAGAAGGCAUCAUCUCCGGUGGUGCCGCGGCAGCCCAAACCGGUCCGAGGGCAGAACGUAGAGAUGUCCAUGCUGAAUGCUUAUAAGCCAAAGCAGACCAAAGCAAAGGAGCUCCCCUUGUCCGCAGUGAGGUUUAUGGAAGAACUGGGCGAAUGCACAUUUGGAAAGAUCUACAAAGGUCACCUGUACCUCCCGGGAAUGGACCAUGCUCAGCUUGUUGCCAUCAAGACCUUGAAGGAUUACAGCAAUCCGCAACAGUGGUCGGAAUUUCAGCAAGAGACCUCUCUUAUGGCUGAGUUACAUCACCACAACGUUGUGUGUCUUCUUGGGGUUGUAACUCAGGAGCAGCCUGUAUGCAUGUUGUUCGAGUACAUGAACCAUGGAGACCUACAUGAAUUCCUCAUUAUGAGGUCCCCCCAUUCCGACGUUGGUUGCAGUAGCGAUGAGGAUGGCACGGUUAAAUCUAGCCUCGAUCAUGGAGAUUUUCUGCAUAUUGCCUUCCAGAUCGCGGCUGGGAUGGAGUACCUCUCAAGUCACUUCUUUGUCCAUAAAGAUCUAGCAGCUCGAAAUAUAUUGGUUGGAGAACAAUUGCACAUUAAAAUCUCUGACCUCGGACUUUCUAGAGAAAUAUACUCGGCUGAUUAUUACCGGGUCCAAAAUAAAUCUCUCCUUCCAAUUCGAUGGAUGCCUCCAGAGGCAAUAAUGUACGGAAAAUUCUCCACCGAUUCAGAUAUUUGGUCUUACGGAGUGGUCCUAUGGGAAAUAUUUAGCUUUGGCCUUCAGCCUUACUAUGGCUUCAGCAAUCAAGAAGUUAUAGAGAUGGUCCGGAAGAGGCAACUCCUUCCAUGUUCUGAGGACUGUCCUCCUAGAAUAUAUAGUCUGAUGACAGAAUGUUGGCAGGAAAUUCCCUCUCGGAGACCAAGGUUUAAGGACAUCCAUAUGAGACUAAGGUCAUGGGAAGGACUUUCAAGUCACACAAGUUCAACUACUCCUUCUGGUGGUAAUGCUACAACUCAGACAACGUCGCUGAGUGCCAGCCCUGUUAGCAAUUUAAGCAAUCAAAGAUAUCCAAAUGUAUUUUUCUCUCCCCAAGGUAUGCCACAGGCCCAAAUUACUGGCUUUAUUGGGCCUCCUUUACCUCAAAACCAGAGAUUUAUACCAAUCAACGGGUACCCUAUCCCACCAGGAUAUGCUGCUUUCCCUACUGCUCACUACCAACAACCAGGGCCUCCGAGAGUCAUCCAGCAUUGCCCUCCUCCAAAGAGCCGCUCCCCAAGUAGUGCCAGCGGGUCGACCAGUACGGGUCACGUGACCAGCUUACCAUCUUCUGGAUCCACCCAAGAUGCCAACAUCCCUUUGCUAUCCCAUAUGUCUAUGCAAAGCCAUCCAAGUAGUAUAGGAGUACAGUCCUUUGGAAGCAAAGGAAACAAAUCCUACAAAAUGGACUCCAAACAGUCAUCUUUUUUAGAAGAUUCUAAUAUCCACGGACACGACUCAAUGAUUUCCGCAGAAUUGUAAAACUUGC